UUGUUUUUUCCCCACGCAGGGUAAACAAUAAACAAACGAUUUUUGAGGCUUUUAUUAAAAUAAAAUACCCUUUGACUUUACAAAUCAUGAUAUCGCAUGAUAUUUUUGUGUUUGUUUUGGUUUGUGUCUGGCCGCGGUUCGAGUGCCAUUAAAGGUCUGUCGGUGAGAAAAUUCUGCGCGUUUCCACCAUUACCUCAGCGCCAACGCCCCUCCCACUACAGUACAGCAGCCCGCGUCAGAACACGCAAGCUGCGGCAAGCCAAUGAGCGUGCGGCGGCUCACGCUCUCUCCUCCUCCCCGCUCUCAGCUAUUCCAUUCAUUGAAUCGCAUCAGGAGCAUUCGCGCUCAGAGUGCGCUGCUGCUAGUUACUGCCGCCUGGAAUAGCACUGUGUAUGUACGGAAGAUGCUGCAAUACGAAGUGAAUGGGACCUCAGCCAGUCCGCUGUCCACUCCCCAUUCUGCAAAAUCGCCCAGUCCGUCGCCUGCCAGCCCGGGGGACCAGAACAAACGUAGGGGAUCUCAGCAAAGUGGUUCCUCUCUCUCACUGGCAUCUACCAAAGUCUGCAGCAUGGAUGAGGAGGAAGGACCUGUCAGUGAUGCUGAGCCGGUGGAGGAGACGGAAACACCCACUGUUCCGAGCUCCAUUUCAGAUCAGUACAAAGUUGGCCGAAUGAUCGGGGAUGGGAAUUUUGCGGUGGUCCACGAGUGUGUGGAACACUCCACUGGCAGAGCGUACGCUCUGAAGAUCAUCAACAAGGGCAAAUGUAGAGGAAAGGAACAUAUGAUUCAAAAUGAGGUGGCCAUCCUGAGACGAGUGAAACAUCCCAACAUUGUUCUGUUGAUUGAGGAAAUGGACACCUACAGUGAACUCUAUCUGGUCAUGGAGCUUGUUAAGGGAGGAGAUCUUUUUGAUGCUAUCACUUCCGCCAACAGAUACACUGAGCGAGAUGCCAGUGGCAUGUUGUACAACCUAGCCAACGCUAUCAAGUAUUUACACAGCCUUAACAUCGUCCAUAGAGACAUCAAGCCAGAGAACCUCUUGGUAUAUGAACAUCAAGAUGGAAGUAAAUCUUUGAAGCUCGGAGACUUUGGCUUGGCCACCGUGGUAGACGGGCCCUUGUAUACUGUCUGUGGAACACCCACAUAUGUAGCACCAGAGAUUGUUGCAGAGACCGGGUAUGGCCUUAAGGUAGACAUCUGGGCCGCUGGAGUCAUCACAUACAUUCUCCUCUGUGGUUUUCCUCCAUUUCGUGGGAUCACAGAUGAUCAGGAGGCUCUGUUUGACCAGAUUCUGCUGGGCCAGUUAGAAUUUCCUCCUCCAUAUUGGGACAAUGUAUCGGAUACAGCUAAAGAGCUCAUAGUGUCCAUGCUGCAGGUGGAAGUAGAUCAGAGAUACACAGCGCUGCAGGUGCUGGAACAUCCCUGGGUAACUAAUGAUGGUUUGUCAGAAAAUGAGCAUCAGCUGUCGGUGGCAGGAAAGAUCAAGAAGCACUUUAACAUGGGCCCCAAACCCAGCAACAACACUUCUGGAGUAUCCGUCAUGACGACCACCGCUCUUGAUAAGGAGAGGCAGAUUCUCCGACGAGGACGCCACCAGAAUGUGAGCGCAGCUCCCCAGACCUCCCAGCCAACCUGUAGCCUCCACAUCCCAGCCUUUACACCCCGUCUGUACCUCGACCCGCCCCAGCUGCCCGCCGGGCUCCCAGCCCCCACACCCUAUUCAUGUCUCUCAACCACCAACACCACGCCCGAGUCUGAAGACUUUUCCGCCUGCUCCACAGAGACCGUUCGCUCCCUCCUCUCUCCAUUCUAGCACUUGAGGAGAAGGGAGCAACUGGAAAGAGCAUUAAUAGGAGAAUGUUUAAUGAGGAUUCGGAACGCUGCCGUGUGGACUGAUGAACAUUUUGUAAUCCCGAUCACACAGAGGUGCACAAAGGGAAAAAUGACUAUGUCAGAAAAGGGGGGAUUCUUUUCUGUUUACUUAUGGUCAUUGGAAUAACUUUUCCAUUUAUUUAUACAUGAUGUAAACAUUUUGUUUUUUUAUUGAAGUUAAUAUAUCCUCUUUUCGGUUGAGGCACUUUAGAAAUAUGAUUUUUUUCUGGGUCCAGUAUUGUUUGUAGGUUCCAGAAGGAAAAUGCAAUGUGACAGUCAAAAGGCCAGUAAAAGAAUCGGCAAACAUUUUCAAAAUCAGCAUUUUUACAUGCUUAUUUUGAGGGAAAUCUAUGGAAUUCUUUGAAAUUCCUGUAAAAAGAGUUUUUACUUAUCAGUAGCUGAUGCAAAUUUCUGUUUGAAAGCUGUUUCUGUUCUGCAGAAUUCUGUUGCCCUGCAAAAAAUUCAUGGCUCCAAUUUCUGACCAUUGUUCCGGAAAACAUUUCUGAACAGACUGAGAAAACAUUUGGAAAUGCUCCCAGCCCUUUUGGGCUAAACAAUAUCUGUAUUUCCUUCCCCUUGUAGUCACAGUACUAAACACACAGAACUUGUUCAUACAUAAGAUGGGGACCUUUUUGUAAUCUGUGUAAAUAAUAUAAUUUCAAUUAUUUUGAUAUUGACAAUAUAUUUCUUUAUCUUAACUAGACAAUGUUACAGUCAUACAUUUAAUCAUUUUACAUUUUUAAGUAUACUGAACAUAAGCACAAGUGCAUUGUGGGAAAGACAAGCAACAUUCCUUAAUACAGGGUCAGCUCUCGGAAAAACAAAUGCCAACUUGGAUUUUACGGCCAAUAGUAUGACCAAUAAUUCAAUUUUACUGUAUGUAAAGCAAUCGCCAAACGUUUGGUAUUAGUCAUAGGAAGUCAAAAUAGUUUGGAGUGCUUUUGGUAGUCAGAAGUGUUCUAAUACCUCAUAACCCUGCUAACUGUGUCAUUGUAUUCUCUCAUUAGUGCAUGGAAUACAAAGCGGCUCUUAUAUUAUCAUUUAAAACAUUAGUCUAUUAAAAAACAUAUUACAA